AUGGAGCAAGCACCAUCUCACCGGGGCGCACGGCGGACAUUCAAGUGCGAAACAUGCCGGGACCGGAAAGUGAAAUGCGAUCUGCAAAAGCCAUUUUGCGGGCCGUGUAGGAGCGUCGGCACCAUUUGCAAAGGCUACAAUUCGCCAGUUGUCAUUGUCCCUUUUCAACCACCAAGCACCCGCCAACGACAAUUGACAGGCGAUAGAGGUGCUACCGCGUCGCUAGCCCGAGAGAGUGGUAACGCAUUAAUACUCCGAAACCAACGCACAGAACCUUCCAUUCCUCGAUUUCUCAAUGACUCGAACGCAAAUUUCCGGGAGUAUUUCUUGCUCCGCCUUAUCGGUGAUGGGUGUUCUCAGGGGAUGAUCAACCUUCUGUCCGAAUUUAUCAACAGAAACGUCCCAGACGGUUCACUGCAGCAAAGGUGUAUUGAUGCACUAACAGUGACAUAUUACUCUAGGAGGGCUGUGGAUUAUCGCGCAUCUGAGGAGGGUAUGAAGGCAUAUUCGAAUGCAUUGACAGGCGUCCGGUAUAGUAAUAUCUUCAACACACCUCUACACAGACCCGGACAGCUAGACGUCGGCGUUCUUAUGAGCAUAAUGUGCCUUUGUUUGUAUGAGAAUAUCAUUGUCACCAAGGCCAGAUCCUGGAUCAUGCAUUAUGGAGCAAUCUCUUUGCUGCUCGAGAUGCAAAGACCAGAGUAUUAUCGUACCGGAGAGAACAGACGUAUUCUCCAGGCGUUCCGUUACAUUAUAAUUGUCAGCGCUGGCACCUUUCGCCAUCCCUGCUUCUUAGCCCAGGAAGCCUGGAAAGAAGUCAUCAAGCCCGUAGGGCGUGAAAUCUCCUACAAAUUCGACAACUUGCUUAAUAUUGCCGUUGACAUUCCAGGCUUGUUGCACGGCCUUGAUAACUUGAAGAACGGAAGACUGUCCGAUGGCACAGAACGAGCUUCAUUGGCACUUCGCACAGGAAGGAUGCUACUAGCGCUACAGGAUUGGCGAGAGAUCUCCCUGCCUUCCUUAUCAACAGACGGUGACUAUUCGCGACAAAUUAGUCUCCAGACUGCUUCUGCAAUUGCUUUCCACCACAUGCUUCUCCUUCUGAUAGAGGAGUUAUGUUAUUUGCUGGCAAUCCCUUGGCUGCCACCGACAUCAUUAUCGUUGAAGGCGACGUUCGGCCUGAUAAGUGCAUCAGCCGCGAUGGGACGGGUCGAGCGCAAGCAUGUUCUAGCGAGUGAUAUACUUCGCCUGUCUCAGCAAUUCAUUGGGAGUGAGACCCCAAUCUACGGGGUCCUUAAUUUUAUGAUACCCUUGCACGUAGCGCAUGACAACCUUAUCAAGCAAAGCCCAGAGAUGGACGCUAUCGACCACCUCAUGGGCGCGGUCGUGGCAAAACAGCAUGGGUUUCAUAUCGCACUGCAACAUGAAGGGAUGUACAAGGCGUUUGAAGAUGCCUCUCCAUCGCCUUGA